AUGAUGCCAAGAUGUGGAACGUACGUGAUCCAGGGAGUUUGGGUGGAGAUGCUCUGCUUCUCUGCCGGAAGGUGCAGAGGGUACCUGCACGCCAAGAGCUUAGGCAUGGGCGGAGAGUGCCUCUCCUACAUCUGGCUCCUCAUGUCCUACAUGGGGAUGGAGACCUUGGCUGAGCGGAUGCAGAGGACCAAGCUGAAGGACGAAGAUGCAAGAAACAACGGUGGCAGCUCCAAUGGCACAACAGCAACAGCUUCGUCAUCGAGUAUAGCUACCGGUGGCAGUGGCAAUGGGACGGCAGCAGCGAUACCAGUCUCAGCCGCUGGUGGCGGCCACGGAGAUGACACAACAGAGGCUUCUACACCAGUCACGGAAGGCGGUGAUGCAGAUGGGACUAUACCGGCUUCACCAGUGACGACCACAAAUCCCGGCGGCGAUGGCACAACAGCGGCUUCACCGGUAACAGGAAGCGGUGACGAUAAUGACUGA